GCUCCCAUUGGCUGACGAGCGUGUGGGGCGGAUCGGUGAGACGUCACCCGCAUCCAGGAUUAACCUGUUUUUUUUCUGUUUUGUUUUUUAUAUGUCACCAUAUUAUGGCGACUCUCUCCUUUUUGGAGACGAUUGUCAUCAAUAUAAAGUGACGUUCGUUACAACUCCUCGCGAGGUUUCCGAAAUCGCUUUGGAUCGAGAAGAUUCCGGAGUCGCGCGACGACAUCGAUGAGGCGCGCUCGCGUCGGCUGUCGCGCAGAUGGGGGCCGAAGGCAGCAAGAAGAAGUCGGCUGAUGGCCGGGAGCAAGAGCCCCUCUCUUCGGGCUGGCGUAGCUUCCUGUCCAGCAUGGGCCUGUCACUACCUGCCACCUUGUGCCGCCUGGCGCCGCCAGCUCUGCGCAUGGGUCAGCGGCGCAUGCUCCAAGCCGGAUCGCCCGACAUACCCGAGCACGUCCUGAGGCUGGCGGGUGUGGGCCCUGAAAAGCUGAGGUCGGAGUGGAGCCUGACGGGCCUCAAUGCCAUGUUCCUGCCCGAGUUCCCCCACAGGGCCGUGCCGGGACAAGAGCACUUUGAGGUGUUAGGUUACAUCGCCAAAGGUUCUUUUGGACCAAUCCUCAAGGUCAAGGACAAGACCAAACAGAGAACCUAUGCGGUCAAGGUGAUCCCAAAAUCUGAGAUCCUCCGACUGGGCGUGCUGGAGCAGUCGAAAGAAGAGGUGAUAGUUCAGCGUCAGAUUCGCCACCCGUUUGUCCACGACCUGCAGGACUGUUGGCAGACGCAGCGUCACCUCUACAUUAUGUGCGAUUACUGCGGCACCGGCGACUUGUACACUUACUGGCAGAUGAUCGGACUCUUCGCCGAGGACACGGUGCGGGUGUUUGCCGCCGAGCUGGGCUGCGCGCUGGGAUUUCUUCACGACUAUGGUGUCAUUCACAGGGAUGUGAAGAUGGAGAAUAUCCUGCUGACAGACACUGGACAUCUCCGUUUGGCCGACUUUGGUUUGUCCCGUCGCUUGGAGCGAGGAGGGCGGGCUUUCACUAUCUGCGGUACCAUCCAAUACAUGGCCCCCGAGGUGCUGAGCGGCGGUCCCUACAAUCACGCGGCCGAUUGGUGGUCACUGGGAAUCCUGCUCUUCUCAUUGGCUACCGGCAAGUUCCCCCUGCCUCCGGAGCAGGACCACUGCGGCAUGUUGAGGAGGGUGAGGUCUUUCCCCUACGAAAUGCCCCUCAGCCUGAGCCCCCCUCUGGCCAUGCUCAUCACAGAGCUGCUGUGCAAAAUGCCCGCACGCCGACUUCGCACCCUCGAUCGCUUCCAACGCCAGACCUUCUUCCGUGGACUCAGCUUUGACCAAAACUUGCUGCAGCGCCACCCUGUGGAGGUGAUUCUGGAGCUGAAGGAGCGCCCCGACCGUGCCGCCAAAGCCCGCCGAGGCCUUUCACUGCAGCCGUUCAACGGCUUUGAUUACGACUCAAUACUUAGUCCGCCGAACACGCCUGACGCGCAGCCGCAGGGAGCCGCCCCGCGUCGGGAGGUGUUUGUUUGACUCUGAACGCCAACAAUCAUGACCGUUUGCAACAGUACGGUACAGACUUCCCAAGGCUUCUCUUGACAAAAUGGCUGGUCCAUACCUAAAAUGGCCGUACGUCCUCCGUUGUUGUUUACCGUGUGGCCGUACGCUACACUCACUUUCAGGUUUACCCUUUCACAAUGUUACAUGCUGAACUGGACCGCCCUACCCGAUCUGCGGAAAGAAUGUCAGGGACCCAUGUCUGAAAUUCAACAGGAAGUCAGAGGGGCAUACUUGAGGCGGCCAUUUUGAAGCAAAUUCCAGGCCUCCUACUUGGAUGAACUCAGGCAAUGUCAUUUGCCCAAAUGACUCCUGAAUGAACCUGCUUUACGGGGGCUUCAUCAUGCCUGUAAACUGAAGAAAAAAAGAAAAAAAAACUACAACUACAAAUAUCCUGGUCUAAAUGUGUGAAUUUGAGCAGUCCCUCGUGAGCACGAUACUUCAUGCACUGAGAGCACUAAAAGAGAACUUUUCCAAACCUUUUGUGUUUGCGCAAAGAAACUCUAUUGUUCAUGGACUUGAACGUUGCCUGUCGAUAUGCUGCAACUGUGGUUACGUAAAGAAAGGUCACUCGAGCUGAAGACAACGCGCCCUGUUUUGUUUUACUUGUUUGUGUGUGUCGUCACUUGUGCAAAGAAACCCGUUUUCUUGAAUGAUAUUGACUCUCGCCACUGUAUAUACACGUCGGAUAAAGAGCAUUUUGUAUUGCUGCCUCCUGUGUGUACCCAAAUGCCCCACGAGUGAUCCUGAAUUUUGUUUUGUUACAAGAAUGCUUCUAUAUAUACACACACACACACAGACAAACAGUAACACCAAAGUCCCCAAUACAAAAUUUCCAAGAGAGUUUCAUAUGUUUACAUGUCUUUUUGAACAUUAAAUGAUCUUACUCUGC